UUGAGUUAUGUGCGUGCUUCAAAGUAAAAUGUGCUUUGCGCGUUACAAGUGACUUCGUGGAGUUAUGAACGCGUUGAUGGAUAAUGCCGUAAGAAAACAUUUCAGAUCUACCACUCUGGUUUUUCUCGACCGAGUCUUUAAGCACUUACAAUCUAUUUUAGAGUUACCGUAACGAAGCUAACAACUGCGGUAUUGUAAGUGCCACUUCAACCUCUGAAGAUGAUCAGCUGAGUUUAUGCUGUCUCUGUGGUCAAACGUUUCCAAGUAUCAAGUCCCUUCAUAUGCACAUUAAUGUUGUACACGAAGAAGUUGCAGACUCUUUUGAUUUUCAGUUAACAGAUGGUGAAAACGACGACUCUCAUUCAGUCACCUUAGGAUCGCGGAUCUCACUGUCAUCUAGUAGUGAGGAAUUUAUAUCCAAGCCUGAAACUCCAGUUGUUUGUCCGAAUUGUAAAAAGCCGUUUCCUGGUCUCACAAGUUUGCGAGUUCAUAUAGAUUCUGUACAUCAUGGUAAUCGAAUACCUCAAUGUGAUUAUUGCAUGAAAAAGUUUUCCACAUUAUCCUACCUUCGAAUGCAUAUUUCUACUGUUCAUGAAGGUGUCCGUGCAUAUUCUUGUAAUAUCUGUGAGAAGAGUUACACUCAAAAGCACUCUUUGAAAAAACAUCUUAGAAAUUCUCAUUCAAUCUCAUCCAGUCAAGACAUACUAGAUGAUUCAGGACCAACUAAUGGGGUACCGAAUAAAUCUAGUCAGUCUACAUGUUCCAAUGAAAUGCGUACUUUUAAAUCACGCAAAAGGUUACUCGUUGAUUCUCCAAUCAUACCUAAUUCCUGUAGUCCUAUUCCAUCUAGGUCGAACGAAGUGGACGGUCCUGUUUCAUUGGAAACUAAGAAUCGCCAAAUCAGUUGAUGACAUAAAUACAUUCGAUUAACAGAUAUUCCUUCGGAUAAAACUUUCGUGCAACUUUUUUGUAUUUAGACGCACAAAUAACCAUGAACCUUCCAAUCUUCAAGCAGAGUAUUUUUAUGUCUACCUCAUCAAUUAAACUGACACCUACCUCAGUUUAUAUGGUCUCCAUUAUUGCAUUUAUAUAGUUCAAAUGAUAACUUUUCAUACCAAAAACCGGUUCGCUGCAGAUUUUUUUGAGUUUUUUAAAUUUGGUUUUCAAACAAUUGAUUAUUAACACAUUCUUUGUAUUAUGUACUAAAUCCAAUACUUUUGCUAUCUGAACACUGUUCUUUGAGCUAUUUUUGGACCAAAUCUUAUCUUCAUCUGUAUUCGCGAUCUCAUCUAAUGUUGAAUUUUUUUCAAAUAUUUUUGGACUUUGUCUUAUUUCUCAAUGCUUUGUGACGGUUGAUAUAUAUAUAUAUAUAUAUA